AUGGCAACCACUGUACUCGGAGGUACUCGGGCCCAUGCUGGUUACGCUGCCGACACCUAUUCCCACUUACAGCUGGGCAGGUUUUCGAAGAUCUUCCUGGCCUACAACGUCAUGUACAACUGGAGCAUCAUGACCUCGAAGCUAUCCAUCCUAUUCUUCUAUUAUCGAAUCCUCGUGACCGAGACUAAACUGCAACGGCUUUUGCAAUGCAUCGGUGCAGCGAUCAUAGCCACCUGCGUUGCGGUCACCUUUGCCCUGAUCUUCUCAAACAACCCCAUCCAGGGUCAGUGGGAGUACGGCACCCAUUCGACGGCGAUAAACAGCAGAAUAUUUUGGAUCUCUACCGCCGCUAUCAACCUCGUGUUUGACAUUGCCGUUCUGAUGGCUCCCCAGGCCAAGAUUUGGGGGAAGCACAUGCCCAUCCAGCGGAAGAGCGCAAUCUGUCUCCUCACCCUUCUUGGUUUUUCUAUUUGCGUAUUCGCCGCAGUGCGUCUGGCAUACCUCUCCCGUGCCAACCUAAAUAACAUGACCUUCGAAAUCAACAUGCUUGGGAUCUGGAACUGCCUCGAAGCAAAUUUGUCCAUCCUCUGCGCUUGCCUUCCGACGGUCUAUUCCCUGUUCAGGGGCACGAGAAACAGGGAUCCUUCUGAAGCAAACAUGUACCGUCACGAGUCCGUGCCGUCCUCUGAUAAGAUGUAUCUCGAACUCGGCUCCGGCGCACACCUCUCGUACCCGGGGAGCUACCACGUCAGAGUGCAGUCACCUAGUGUGGGCAGCAGAGACGACCUGAAACCCCUCGGGCCGAUCCGGGUAGAGAGAAGCUAUGGCUUCACCGUGGGAGAUUCACACCCUUGA